UUGUGAAUCAGCCCGUGACGGACAGAACGGAACACUGAAUCACUCCCCAUUACUGCGAAGCCCUGUUCCAAUUGUGUGCACGGUUUUCCUAAUUUCGCCUUUAUACAAGAGCAGUGCGGCAUCAUGGUUCUUGAUCUAGACCUUUUUCGGACAGACAAAGGCGGCGAUCCAGAAAUUGUGAGAGAGACGCAACGAAAAAGGUUUAAAGAUGUGUCCUUGGUGGAUAAACUCGUUCAAGCAGAUAAGGAAUGGAGGAAGUGUCGCUUCAUUGCUGACAACCUCAACAAGGCAAAGAAUUUAUGCAGCAAAUCUGUUGGUGAGAAAAUGAAGAAGAAGGAGCCAGUUGGAGAUGAUGAAACCCUCCCAGAGGAGGUCCAGAACCUGGAGACACUCACAGCAGACAUAUUAUCAACACUGACUGUAACUCAGAUUAAAAAGGUUCGAAUGUUGGUGGAUGAAGCAAUUCAAAAAACAGACAAUGAGAGGCUGAGGCUGGAGAUGGAGCGCUUUGAAUCCCUGAGAGAGAUUGGCAACCUCCUACACCCUUCUGUUCCCAUUAGCAAUGAUGAGGAUGCUGAUAAUAAAGUUGAGCGCACCUGGGGUGACUGCACAGUGCAGAAGAAGUACUCUCACGUGGAUCUGGUUGUCAUGGUGGAUGGAUAUGAAGGAGAGAAAGGUGCCAUCAUUGCGGGAAGCAGAGGAUAUUUCUUGAAGGGACCUCUAGUUUUCCUGGAGCAGGCUUUGAUUAACUACGCCCUGCGGAUCCUUUACAGCAGGAAUUACACUCUCCUCUAUACGCCAUUCUUCAUGCGGAAAGAGGUCAUGCAAGAGGUUGCUCAGCUCAGCCAGUUUGAUGAGGAACUAUAUAAGGUUAUUGGGAAGGGCAGUGAGCAUUCUGAUGAUACAUCAGUGGAUGAGAAGUAUUUGAUUGCCACUUCAGAACAGCCCAUAGCAGCCUUCUUGAGAGAUGAGUGGCUCAAGCCCGAGGACCUGCCCAUCCGCUUUGCUGGCAUUUCUACCUGCUUCAGACAGGAAGUGGGGUCCCAUGGCCGAGACACCCGUGGCAUCUUUAGGGUUCACCAGUUUGAAAAGAUUGAACAAUUUGUGUAUGCCUCACCUCACAACAACAAGUCAUGGGAGAUGUUUGAUGAAAUGAUCACAACUGCAGAAGAAUUCUACCAGUCGCUAGGAUUACCCUACCGCAUUGUUAACAUUGUCUCUGGUUCUUUGAACCAUGCAGCCAGUAAGAAGCUGGACUUAGAGGCUUGGUUCCCAGGUUCUCAGGCUUUUAGGGAGCUGGUGUCCUGCUCCAAUUGUACGGACUAUCAAGCUCGCCGCUUACGUAUACGCUAUGGCCAGACGAAGAAGAUGAUGGACAAGGCUGAGUUUGUGCACAUGCUCAAUGCAACCAUGUGUGCUACUACCCGUGUAAUAUGUGCUAUUCUGGAAAACUACCAGACUGCAGAGGGCAUAAUCAUUCCAGAGCCACUCAGGGUGUUCAUGCCUCCAGACUUAACAGAAAUAAUCAAGUUUGUGAAGGCAGCUCCUAUUGACCAAGAGUUUUCAAAGAAGCACAAGAAACAACAAGAGGGAGGAAAGAAAAAGAAGCAGCAAGCCAAUGCCACUGACUUGCAAAACAAAGUGGAGAACAUGUCAGUGAACGACUCUUAAAAACUUCUGUCCUGCAGCUGUGGCUAUUCAUUACUGGUCCCUUCUAACUUCUAUUUCAUACCAUUAGUCUAUUAUAAUAUAUAAUUUCAUGCCACCUCUUUUUAUUUUCUAAUCAUGCAUGUAAAUCUGUCAACAUUAUGGUUAGUUUCCUUGAUGUGAAACAUGGCUUCUUCACUGGUGACCUGUUCUAGCUGUCAACAGUGACAUGUACAGAACUUGCUUGAGAUAUCUUCAAAGGGAUAUGAGUAUGGUGGCACAUCCAAAUAAAUGAAUAUGAAACAA